ACCCCGGCGGAACAUUUUUUAAUUUCUCACCCAUUUUUCUAUCUUUCUCUUUACCUCAGCUUGCCAUAGAGUCAUGGCAGGACUCGCAGCCCCGUUAGGAGUUCACAUAUCACUGGUUUCGACAUGCCCAAGAAAGGGAACAGAAAACGGCUGAAGUUUAAGGCCGGUGACGUUUGUUCUGAAUCAGUCACUGUUGCUGAUUAUGCUGAUGCCGACCCAGCCAUUGUGAAGUCGGGCAGGGUGAAAAAAGCUGUAGCAAAUGCGAUUGAAAAAGAAGUUAAAUUACUUUGCGGCCUGGAAGCCUCUCAGGGUGCUGUAGAAGAAGUCCUAUCGUCUGUGGCAGGGGUCAGAGCAGACACUCUGGGCAGCAGUGAUGACCUAGACCCYGAGGAAGAAGACGAAGGAGAAAAUGAAACUAAAGGGGCCCGCAAAAAGAAAAACAAGAGACGAAAGGAAAGCAGUGAGUGCAGUGAUGGGGAAGAUUACCCAGUGGACAUUUGGCUUGUGCUUUCCUCAUACAUUCGGCCAGAGGAUGUGUGUCGAUUUUCUUUGAUCUGCAGGAAUGCUUGGACUGUCACUUGCACUGCAGCAUUUUGGACCAGACUCUACAGAAGGCACUACCGGACUGAUGUGGAACUACCGUUUCGUCUCCAGCCUGACUGUAUAGAUAGGAUGUACUGCCUUCGGGCCUGUGUGAUUCGUUCCCUCUUCCAUCUGUAUGAGCCAUUCAGUGUACGUGUGUCAAAAAUUCCUGCACUGCCAGAAUCUACACCGACCACUUUGCUUAACUCUAAGUGUUUACUCUUCUGGAUCAAAAAGCUGUCAGGGACUCGCCCAGAAAACUUGUGGGAGUUCAACUUUAAAUUUAUAAAGCAGCAGGGACAUAAUAAAAAUGGUUGUGCCAAGUCCUUACGUUCACCCAAACAGUAUGAAGAUGUUCACAUAAACCCAGACUCUGACUGCUACGUGCUUCAAGUCACCACACUCAACUACAUCUUCACCCCUGUAGUCAUGGGCAUGACUCUGGCUCUGUUCACWAUCAAUGUGAGCACAGACAUGCGUCACCACCGUGUCCGUCUCGUGUUUCAGGACUCGCCACUUCAGCAGAGGAAAAGGAGAGGAGGCGAUCAAGGCGGGACACAGGUUGUUCUGGAUCCUGUUCACAGUGUGAAGCUAAUGGACUGGUGGCAUCCCCAGUACCCCUCUUUACCCUAAACAUAAGAAUGUCUGUGAUUUUUUUUUUUUUAAUGGCAAAGGAAGCCCCAGGCUCAUGAAAGCUUAUGAC